CCCACGCAGCCUCGGGGGCCGGGACAGAGACGAGAAAGCUGAAAAUGAAAAGACUGGAAAGCUUUAAGCCUCCAUUGAAAGUCUCAACUCUCAACUAGGUUUUUGCUUUCCUGCUCAUUCAUAUUUUCUCUUCUUCAUAUUUGAUUUGGCUGUUCAAAUCUUUCUUUUGCUUCUCUUCAAUCUUGAGUUCUGAGGUUUGGGGUUCUGUUGUUUCUGGCCUGGUGGGAAGAAUGUCGGUUUCCGUGAAUUCAUCGGACCAGGUCUGUGAGAAUGGAACUGCUGAGCUACUUCCUGCUACGAAUGACGACCAUGGAGGUGUUAUUGUGGACAUGAAGGAUGCUAUGGAGCCUCAGGCAUUUCGUGCUUUGCUUAGAGCUUCAAUAGUUCAAUGGAGGCUACAGGGAAAGAAGGGAGUUUGGAUAAAAUUACCCAUCGAACUUGUAAAUCUUGUUGAAAUGGUAGUUAAGGAAGGAUUUCACUACCACCAUGCUGAGCCACAUUACCUCAUGCUUGUUUAUUGGAUUCCUGAAACCACUAAUACUAUACCUGCAAAUGCUUCACACCGAGUUGGUGUUGGUGCUAUUAUUUUGAAUGAUAAAAAUGAGAUGCUUGUAGUCCAGGAAAAGAGUGGCAGGUUACAAGGAACAGGUGUGUGGAAAAUCCCUACCGGUAUAGUUGAUGAGGGUGAGGAUAUUACUGUGGCAGCUGUAAGGGAAGUUAAAGAAGAAACAGGAAUUGACGCAGAGUUUUCAGAGGUAUUAGCAUUCAGGCAAGCACACAAGAAAUUUUUUGAGAAGUCGGAUCUGUUUUUUGUGUGCAUGAUGCGUCCUCUAUCCUUUGACAUCCAAAAGCAAGACCUAGAGAUUGAGGCAGCUAAGUGGAUUUCACUCGAGGAAUUCGCAGCUCAACCAGUCACCCAAAAACAUGGGCUCUUCAAGUGCAUCCAUGAACUUUGCUUGGCAAAACUAGCUCUCUUACCAGAACCAGGAGGAAGAAGAAGAAUGUUUCCUCUGAAACUCGCUGUGUUUUUCACAGCACUGUGUUUGUCUGUCUUCUCCAACCUUGUUUUCAUCAAGGAGAUCUCUGGAGACGCCACACCUUCUUCUCCUAGUGCUAAUUGCGUCACUUGCACUACAUGUCAGUACCCAUGUCCUCCCGCAGGAGGGGACCCCUUAUAUCCCCCACCUCCACCAUCACAAACCGGAGAGUACCCGCCACCGCCACCACCGCCACCGCCUCAACAGCCUAGUCAUCAAGGAAAAUGUCCCCCAGGUCAGUAUCAGUGUUGCCAAUACCCUCAGGGAUACUCCCCUCCGGGCCCGAUUCCUCAGUACCUCACCCCUCCAGGGACCUUUGGAGGAGGAGGAGGAGGAUAUGUGCCUUACCCUUACAAUUCGGCUUCUUCGUCUCCUUUGUCAGUCUUGCUUUCAGUACUUGUGAUGAUGCUGUUCUCAUCUGCUGUUUUCCUUUAAGCUUGGGAUGGUCUAUUCUGUGGCCUUGUUAUGUAAAUGUUUUAAAUUCGAUCUAGUAGGCAAUAAACCCUUGUUAAUUGUACUGAUGGGUACUACUGUUCAUACCAGCUGAUGAUUAAUGUAGUGAGUCUACAAUUUGGGUUGAUAAUAAUGGUUAAAUUGAGCACUGAUGGGUUUCAUGUUAUA